AUUAUAAUUUAGCUUUUACUGUCUAUGAUUUCCAAAUGGAAAUUGUGUUGAGUGCAACCUUUCUUGUAUACUUGUUAGUUUGGUAUAAAGGAAAAACCAGCAACUUGGCUUCAGCCAAAAAUUGGUUGAAUGGCCAAAUUGAUUACCUUGAGGAGCAAUUUUGCCUUGUUGGAGAUAAAUUGACAAAUGAAAAGUCAGUUUUGAUGAUGGACGGUCCCGCUGAUUAUCUCUUGUACACCUCUGGUAGACGUAACGUGCAAUUUGGCCACUGGUGGCUUAAAAUGAAGCCUAGAAACGAUAUUUUGACUUAUUUCUCAACUCAACUUCUUUCCUUAACCGGAUACGCUAAACCUGCUAAUGAUAGAGUCGCUUUGACUAUGGCUUUGGAUAAGGCUUUGCCUGAAAAGUUUGUUUUUGCUGUCAUCAAGAAGGAAUUAGCUACCGAUUUGCACAAGAAGCGAUUUGAUUUAAAACGUUUUGGUAAAAUUGCCUCCAGCAAUAUUAUUCCUUCCAACUUGAUCAUCUAUUCAGAAUCUCAAAAGUUGGCCGAUAUCCUUUUGGCUGGUAGAAUUGGCGAGAUCAUUGCUGAAAGCUCUGAUCGUCUUGAAUCUUUGAUUGUUUCCAGUUUACCUGCCGAACAGCCUGAAAUGUAUGAGUCUGACAGCUUCCUUACAAUGUCUCUUGAAUUUUUGAUGCCUGGAACUUCUGAAUUUGACCCUCUUGUUGAGCUUGCCUGUGAACUUCCUGACGUUAUCAGCCAAUUAAGACUUACCGGUGAUGUCCGUUCCAAAAUCAACAAGAACCGUGAAGAAUUAAUCAAGGAAUACUCCAAGAAGGCUGCUGCUGAUCGUGCUGAAGAAAUGCAAAGAAAGAAGGCUGAAGCCAAACGUCUCGAAGAGGAACGCGUAAAGAAGAUGAGCCCUGCCGAACAGCGUAAAUGGGAUGAGAAGGAACGUAUUCGUGCUCAAAAGAAGCUCCAAAAGAAGAGAAAGGCAUAGAGAAAAAUCUAACAUGUAAUAAUAUAAUAACAACUUUAUUUUGAGAUGAAAUAAGAAAGACGCA